AUGGAAGACUGCACAAGUGAUGCAGACGAACAUCUGUACACUGAAGACGAAUCUGACACAGCCGAGAACGAAAGUCCUCGGGACUCCGACUAUGAUCGGCCAUUCGUUGAGUUCGUGACGCCACUGGGAAACGGCACUUCGAUGACUGUUGGCGACGCUCUCGUCCUGAUCAUGGAUUAUGCCAUUGAGGAAGGACUUCCAUGGACUGGCAUAGAAAAGCUUCUUAAGCUACAAAACCUACUGUUGGGAACCAGCAGCAUCCCCGAAAGCAAAUAUCUGUUCAGAAAGUUUGUGAGUGCUUCACCAGACGACGUCACUUUCAACUUUUACUGCCCGACGUGUGAAACACUCCUUGCAAAGACAGCGGGUAGCUUGAAGGAAAGGCAGGGCAUCUCGCCUACCUGCUCGGUGUGCGGAGAGCAGUACCUCGGAAAGGACCUUAUGUCCAAGGGAUGCUAUUUUGUUGGUCUGCCAAUGGAGAAACAACUAGCAUCGGUGCUGGCCAAUGAAACUGUGCAAGAGCACCUAGCAGAAUCUCUGGCGAAUCUCAAUACACCGAGACCCUCUGUCAAGUUGGAUCUAACCGGCGGCGACUCUUAUCGAAGUCAGCGCGCAAAGCUUGGGUGUGGGCCUCAUGACUUGACCGUGUCCAUGAACGCCGAUGGGAGCCCCAUAUUCAAGUCUGCAAACUACGCCAUCUGGCCCGUCCAGCUCACACUGAACGAACUUCCACCAUGUCUGCGCUGGCGCUCCGUCGUCCUGCCGCUGUUAUGGUACGGCGUGAAGCACCCGAACAUGACUUUGCUUCUCCAAGCCUUUGCGGCCCAAAUGAAAACGCUAGCCCAAGAAGGCAUCACGUGGAGCACUGGGGGCUCAACACUAAACUCUAAGGUCUACUGUGUCAUCUGUGUGGCCGAUGCCCCUGCAAGGGCCGCAAUGCAGAACGUCAUGCAAUACAACGGCUAUUACGGGUGCUCUUGGUGCCUCCAUCCUGGGGUUUGCAUUAACGGUUGCGUGAAGUACCCCGUGAGCGCCGGGGUGAUGGACGAUCGCACCGAGAUUGGCAUGGUUGCAGACAUGGCAGAAGCCGCAGCAUCCAAACAAGCAGUCCGCGGUGUUAAGGGCCCUUUGCCACUCCUAAACGUGCCUGGUUUCGACAUAGUCUGGGGUUUUACCCCAGACUAUAUGCACUGCGUCCUUCUCGGUGUAGGGCGUCAGUUUGCCGAAUUGUGGUUUUCUGGUGUGGGUGAGGAUUACUACAUUGGACACCCUUCGCGGCAAUCCAUCGUAACUGAGCGCUUGUGUAGCCUGAAGCCGCCACAGUGCCUAAACCGACCGCCACGAGCCCUGAGGCUGAGGAAGUAUUGGAAAGCAGCCGAGUGGCAAUGCUGGCUUUUUUAUUACUACCUUCCUUGUUUGAAGGGUGUGCUGCCAGCUGAAUAUUAA